AAACCCACAACAGUAAAAUCAGUCUGUAUAUGCAGUAAAGCAUGUUGUUAUACUCACUGUGGAACCUCAGGGGUUAAUCCUCUGCAAUGUAUAAAAAGGUUGUUUGAUCCUGACUUCUCUGCCCAUACUCUUGGUCAAAUAUCCACACUGAUAAGACAGACUGAACCCGUAGCUCUUCUGCACAUGCUCAGUUUAUGUGUAUUGCUAGAGGUUUUUUUUUUUCUUGAGAGAGUGCAUGUGAUCAGCAAAGGGCCAAUCAGCACUGUCCAGACAGAGGGUUAAGGGUCCUGCAUCCUCCUGGAACAGAAAGAAAACUCCUCCUACAAGCUUUACCUAGUGCUCAUCUGAAGUCACAAGACUGCUCUAACUGCUGAUGAGCAAAGGUAUUUAGCAGUUUAUAGUUACUAAAAUAAUUGCACUUCCAUGUUCUGUGGGAGACCAGAUAUAGUGAAU